AUGCCGCCGCCGCCGCCGCCGCCGCCGCCGCCGCCGUCUCCGGUGGCCCCGCGCUCGCGCCGCUCCGGCUGCUGCUCUCUCCUGCCGCUGCCGAGGAAACUGACGGCGCUGGAGCGCGGCGGCUGGGCUCGGAGCCCGGAGAGUCAGCUGACGCAGCCCCCCCCGCUCGGCACCCGAGAGAGACCCCUAGCGGAGCCGCCGCGGAGCUGCGCGCGCUCGGGCGGGAGCGGCCGGGAGGGGCGGGAGCGGCCGGGAGGGGCCGGGAGGGGCCGGGAGCGGCCCGCGCCCCCCGCGCCCCCCGCGCGCACAGGUGCGGCGUCCGCGGCUCCUGCGCGCCCCCGCCCCGGGGCUCCGCGGGCCAGCGGGAGAGGCUGGGGCGGCGCGAGGGACCGUGCGGGAUCAGGGCAAGAUGGAAAGAACUGGAAAAGAUGCUUGCCAGAGGUGCUGAGAGGGUUUCACAGGGCUGGCCCCUCCUGCAGGAUGGAGGAUUACAUCAUGUGGAGAAGAGGAGUCACUCCCCAGAGCAGCUGCCAGAAGCCACAGCUUGCCAUGGCUUGGGGCCACUGCCAGCAUUCCACAAGGUGACACACUUUGAGGCUGAGGGAUGUUCUGCUGCAAGAUAUUGAAGACUUCUUUGUCUACACACAUAUCAUACUUAGGAUUGUCCUUUCAGUUCACCUCUUUAAAGAGAGAGAAGUCUUACUCUUUGUGGAUCGUCUUUCCUCCUUCCCGAUGUUUCUAGCAGCCAUGUCCACAAUAGCCAAACUGUGGAAGGAGCCUCGGUGCCCAUCGAAAGAUGAAUGGAUAAAGAAGAUGUGGUUUAUGUAUACAAUGGAAUAUUACUCAGCCAUUAGAAACAACAAAUACCCACCAUUUGCUUCAACGUGGAUGGAACUGGAGGGUAUUAUGCUGAGUGAAGUAAGUCAAUCGGAGAAGGACAAACAGUAAACAAUAAUGAAAUUACAAGAAGUUGGAAGAAUUUAUAAAGAAUUUGGAGCCCUGAAUCCAUUUGGAAACAAGUUGCCAACAUCAUGAUACCUCAGGACCCCAGGAGGCCCCAAUAGACAACAACUCAAGAUGCUCUACCACAGAAACAUCAAAAUCAGGAAACUAACAUUGAUACAUUACUAUCAUCCAUUCUUCCAUCCUGAUUCAAACUUUCCAGUUGUUCCAGCAAUGUCCUUCACAGUGGAAAGAUCCAGCUUAGAAUAAUGCACUACAUUUAACUGGCCUGUCUCUUUAGCCCCUGUAGGUUUAGGAAAGUCUUCAGUCUUUUUCCUUGAAUCUCAUCAACUGGACACUAUUACAGCUUAUGGACCAAUUAUUUUGUGGAUUGUCCUUCAAUUUGGAUAUGUCUUAUUUUACCUUGUGAUAAAAUUAAUGCAUCUUGGGCAGGAACAUCACAAAAGAGAUGCUACUUUCUCCUCAUUGCACCAUGUCUCAGGUGCAGGAUUUUGACCUGUCCAGUUACUGUUAAUGUGUGCCUUGAUACCCAGGUUAAAGUGCUGUCUGGAUACCCAGGUUAAUGUGCACCUUGAUACCCAGGUUUCUUCACAUUGCAGUUACCCUUUCUUCCUUUGUAAAUGAGAAGUAUUGCAUGGUGAGGUACUUUAUUUUUUCAAUUUAUGUAUUUAUUUUACAAAAAUAGAGAGUGUGCAUGCAUGAGUGGGGGAAGGGGAGGAGCAGACAGAGAGGGAGAGAAAAGCAGACUCCUUGCUGAGUGUGGAUUCCAACACGUGGCUCAAUCUCAUGACCCUGAGAUCAUGACCUGAGCUGAAACCAGGAGUUGGAUGCUUAACAGACUGAGGCCCCCCAGGAACCCUUCAUGGUGCUUUAAGACAAUGCAAACACCUCAUUCCUCUUCAAAUUUCAAGUUAUUCACUUACCUUUGAUGUCUUUAUAGGCUCAUGGUCUACUAUUUUAUUUAAUGGACUAAAAUCUACCAGUGUAUUUAGUUUGAUGCUAAAAUUGUGGGAGCCACUUUGUUUCUAUAUUCUUUUGAUGUAGCUCCAUUAUUCUUUGAACAUUUCUCUACUUCCCAGCACAAAAUACCAUUCUCAUCUCAUACUUUCCCUGCCCCAUCUUCGUAUUGGUCAUUAUUCUAAGGAAUCUUGUUCCUUAGAGAAGAGUAUGUAGAAGCCAAGAUUUGGGUUCUAAAUGUGCUCAUUGUUGUUGGAAUGUCACUGCUUCCAGACUCUCAGAGGGCAAAAGUAAGGAAUAUAUAAAUAAUAAAUACACAUGCACAUAUAUAUUUAUUUCUUACUUGAUCUAGACAGUUUGAAAUCCAUACAUUCAUACCAAUACCGUCAAUUUCAAUCCACCACCAUGGAGUUUUCUUUUUUUUUUUUUUUUCCAUUUCAAUAUUUAUAUCUUUCUUCUCCGACAGUGAGGAACCCAGCUCCAAUUAUACGGAAUAUGUUUUCUUAUCUGAUCACAUGCCUGUAUGUAACCAAG